AUGGGAACUACCUAUAGGUUAGCCAGGCAGAAGUCAAAGAAAAUUUUACCUGUGGAAUGCAGCAACAAGCUGAGGCAAAUCUGUGAUAUCUAUCUUCUUGGCAAUAGUAAGACCGAUUCCAGCACCAAGACUCAUGCAGCCAGCCAUUUGAAGGAGGACUUCAGUGUUGGGAGCCAACAUCCCCAGAGUCGAACGAGUGCAACAAAGGCAAAAACUUGGAAGAAAAUGAAUGCUAUUCUUGCAAUGGGAAGAGAUGACACACCAUGCCGAGGGUAUUGCCAAGUCGAGAAGUGCUCUGGGAAGAAAGCCCAGCCAGAGCCCCAACACAGCACAGGGAUGACCCCAAGAAGGAUCUCAUAUUUCACCAUGGGAGAAGACUUCCUAACCCUUGAUCUUGACCCCACUCUCUGCCAAGAUUCCAUAUCAAUUGUUAUGUGGAUAGAGACCACCACCCAUGAGGAGGAGACCACCCACAGCAGUGAUGCCAGAGAUGGCAUUAGUCACAGACAUGAGUGGAGAGUGAAGAGCAGGGGUCACACCCCAAACAGUGUGGUAUCCAACAAUCCCAGCCAGGCCAAAUGUGGCAGUCAUUCCGCACGUGUAUCAAAUGCUCGCACGAUGGCACCCAUGUUCUUGGCUUGGCCAACAGCAGCCAGACCAGCUACCCCACCUCCAAUGACUAAAACCUUGGCUGGUGGCACUUUCCCUGCUGCAGCCAAACGUAUACCUCAGGGCCCGGACCCGACUGCUCACCUACCCCUAUUGGCAGAGAGCCCAGUCGAGUCGCUAGGAGGACUGGCAAGUGCCACAAAUGGCCAGUACCUUGACCAAGGCAUACAAAGCCGUAUUUUCGGCAUCGCAGAAGACCUCUCCCGCAUCUCUCCUCCGUAUCUCUCGAAAUUGUUACCUUUGAUGUAA